AUGACCGGAAAAGAUGUAGAGGAUGCUUUGAGCGGAUUACCCGUGACCGUGUGCUGUGCAAAAUACUUGCCUAGCUAUCAAGGAUUAACACCAUUAUUGGUUGCUGCUUUCGUAGGACAUCUGGAUAUCGUCCAGUACCUCUUUAAAGUUGGCUGUGACAGAGAAACAAGAUCCAAUCUUGGAAAAACUGCAUUACAUUUGUCUGCUCAGUAUGGACAUACACAGGUCACAAAAUGGCUAAUAAAAGAAGGGGGAAUCAGUCCGAUGAAUGUAACAAAUCAGGGUGAAACUCCUUAUCAGUUGGCAGCAGAAAAUAAUGGACAAGAUUCUACAGAAAAAAGACAAGAAAAGGCAGAAAUAAUGAACUAUCUCAAGACUGUCAUGAUAACAGAAAAGCAAAAAAUCAGCUCCGAAGUCCUACAGCAGCAGAAUAUAUUAAAAAUCCCGAAAGGCCCUAAGGAAGAUAUACAGGUCUUCUCUGAUAAGGAAUUCAAAGGUCUGUUAAUGAGCGGAGCGUACAGAUGCUUCUGGAACAGAAUUUUUUUAACUGGUCCAUUUGGUGUGGGGAAAACGAGUUUAGCCAAAAUUUUGGUUGGAGACGAGGCUCCAGAAGAACGGGAAUCUACAGAUGGUAUAUGGAUUUACCUGGGAAGGGCUGGAAUGGACAUAAAAGAACGUUGUUGGAUAUUUCUAAAGCAUGGAACCAUAUUGAACGCAACAGUUCAAAGUUUACUUAGGAGUAAAGAAAUGACAGCUACAGUAGGUGCUGUUAAAUCAGUUGAUGACAAAGAAGAUACAAGUAAACAAAGCGAGGACAAGAAGAAUCAAGAUCGUGUACCACCUUUUCCGGAUGCUAGUGCAGUAAAACAUAGCGGGAACUUGUCAACACCAAGUGCUCUUAAAUCUAAGGACAAUAUUCAACAGGCUGUCAAAAAGAAGUCAAAAUUCAAGGCUUUUCUCGAUCUCCCAAAUCGAAUACAGAAUGCGUUUAAGGGUAAAACGCCUCCCUCACAUAUCGAAACUGCAAAUGAUAGACGUGCACAGAUGGACGAAACCAAGAGAGACGAAUACUUGACUGGCAUAGAUAUGUCAGAAGAGGAAAUAAUCAAGCUUGUUCGUUCUCAAUGUACUCUAGGGCAGUACGAAAUGGUAAUAGUACCUAUAGACUUGUGGGAUUUUGGUGGUCAGAAAAUCUACCAUUUGACUCACCAACUUUUCAUUACAAGUAGAGGGACAUUUCUGUUAAUCUUUAACGGCAGCAUAGGUGUACACGAAGACAUACCAGAGUAUACAGAACUCCCCGGAUGUCAGGGACUACGAAACACAGCAGUAUAUCUAAUCCAUUGGGUCAAUUCCGUCCUCACGUAUUGCAAGACUUUUGUAAAUAAUGCGUACCCGAAAAUUGUAUGUGUGGCAACCCACAAAGAUCUAGUCAAAGGUGAUGUUGAAGAACAGAGAACUUCAUUAGAAAACUCAAUCGAAAAACUCUUUCAAAACCAUGGAGGAAAAAAACAUCUUCAAUACAAACCACUUAUCUUUGUUAAUGCCAGGAAGAAGGACGACGAAGAAAUAAACACAUUAAAGAAAGUGUUGGUAGACGUUGCAUUAGACCAUCCUCUCUGUGGAGAACUAAUGCCAACCAAGUUUGUACCCCUGGAACUUCAGCUAGCAAGAAAAGUAGAGGAAAACAAGAAAAUAUUAACAAUUGAUGAACUGAAUGACAUAAACAAGCAGAACGACAAAAUGGCUUUGACCCCUGCUCAGCUUAAAUCGUUUCUAAAGGUAAACCAUGCUCUGGGAAAACUGAUCUACUUUGAUGAAGCUUGCCUAAAAGACAACGUUAUAAUAGAUCCUGUGUUUUUGGUGGAUGUACUACGUUCUAUUGUCACUGAUGACCAGUUUUGGCCGGGUCACCUCAAAGAAAUACUAAAAGCUCUCAAAGAAAGCGGAAAACUGUUGGAAAAAGACUUAUAUGAAAUAUGGAAGCAAGAUUGUUUUCAUGAGAUCUGGGCACAUAAAGAUUACAUAGUGGACAUGCUGGUUCAUUUGGACAUUAUUUGCAGACAAAAAGACGAUGAAGAUGGAUCAGACUUUUUUUUGGUGCCAUGCAUGAUUAGUACCAAAAGAGAAGAGAGCCAACAGAUAGACCAUGACAAAAGCAUCUUUCUGGCUUACAAGUUUGAGGAGGAAGUUGUGCCACCUGCUAUUUUGUACAGAUUAAUUGCCACUUUCAUAUCAAUAUGGAAGUUACGUGUCAGUGCUAAAUCCAGUCGGCUGAUGAUCUUUACAGACAGUGCUGAUGUAAAAAUCGACGGGGACCAUGAUAUGCGAUUUGACAUUCAGGGAAACAGAUUUAUUGUUUCGCUCAUACACAAAGACAACAAAAGCACUAUUAUACCAACAAUUGCAUCUACAGCCCAGGAAUGUCUUACACAUGCUAUCACAAACAUUUCCAAUUUCUAUUUCUCAGUUUCAGGGGAUUCUGCUUGUAAUAGAGAUUUGCCGUUUACCAUUCAGAUUGGUAUUCCUUGUGGGACAGACCUUUGCUUUUUUGACCACACAUUGUCAUCAAAGGAGUGGAUAUGCCCAGAACACAACACGAAACACAAAACAAAUGAUGUUGCAAUAUGGUUUGCAGACAAGUUACAUACAAAAGAUGACAGGUGCACUGAAGAUUGCCCUGGCUUAGACAAGGUAUGGUUAGACCGCCAGCCUGAGGACAAACAUCUUGGACGACUAGCAGCUAAACUAACACACGAAGACACAAGAAAAAUAUAUAUACGGUUACAGGAAGUCGAUCCAGCUCUACAAUGGAACAUCAUCAACGAAUCCAGUAAACGAGGAGGGUUUGAUAUAAAGAUAAACGCUUUAUAUGAUUGGAAAAAGAGUUCAGUAUUUGCCUCAUUUAAGCAACUGCAACAGAGUCUAAAUGAUGAAGAUAUUGACAUUCACAAAUUAUGUCAGAUUUCCAGAGAGGUUAAAAAAGAAUUUGACCAACCAAGAGAGAAAUUGCAACUUCGACCAUCAAUUUCAAAUACACAGAAACUGCCUGAUCAUAUUGGUAAUCAAACAUUCCAGCUUGGAAUAGAACUUGGACUUUCUGUUGUUGAGAUGCAGCAGAUUGAAAGCAAUCAUGUAACCAAUCUUCGUAGCCAAACAGAAGAGGUCCUUAACAAAUGGAGGAAUCUUCCAGAAGCUACAUAUGAAGUUUUAGAGAAAGCCCUCCAUCGUCUUCAAUUAUCUAGCGUUUUAUCCUACUUAACAUAUGAAGAAGGAUUAGAAGAACAAGUGGAAGUAGGAUUAGAUGAGGAAGUGGAAGUAGAAUUGGAGGAGGCAGUGGGAGAAGGAUUAGAAGAGGAAUUGGCAGGUAUGUACGUUCUGACAUAA